AUGUCUGCUGCCGUCGCUCAGAGGGCUCCUCUGGGCAGGACCUCAUCCCCCAUGGACACGAAGAAGAACAUAAUGAAGUCUGAAGACUCUUCCGCGAACACCAAAGAUCAGAAACCUGCGAUCGACACCGAAACCUCGCAGUCGCUUGCACCACCACCCCGCCCGGCCGCUUCUGGUCCUGGCGAUACACCAGACUACUUCAAUUCGCUCCACAACCCCUUCUCACUCGAGCCCAACCCAUUCGAACAGUCUUUCGGAAGCACAUCCGGAGAGACCCCCGGAAAGUCAUUGCUUCCCCCAGUUGCAUCUAUUACGUCUCCCGCGCUUCCCGGAACUAGCUCAGCUGGCUACAACUGGUCUAACUCAUUGCGCUCCGGACCUUUGAGUCCUGCUAUGCUCGCAGGUCCUACUGGCUCUGAUUAUUUCGAUAGUAUUGGACGCGGCUUUCCGACACCGAACGAAUCUUCUCUACGGACCGGAUUGACCCCUGGCGGCGGCGGGUCGAUGUUCCCGGCCCCAAGCCCUAAUACCCAAGCAAUUCUUUCUCAGCUUCAAAGCGGCGGCGCAACUCCUUCGACUCUCGAGUUCCACCGCACUGCCCUGAACGCAGCCAAGCGUAGCGGCUUCAACGUCAAUGUACCAACGUCUAACCCGACUAGCGAGCCCGAGCAGCUCCAGACCAUGGAUCAGAAGACUGUACAACCCCCUGCCGUCGACCAGUUUACGCACCACGACGCUGCAGAUGCAGCCAAUGGCCUCUUUAUGCUCGCAAAAGGUGGCCCUAACAGCGACGCGUUUUCGGCACCUACGAAUAAGCCCGCGGAUGUUCUCGAUACCAAGCGCAUGACGCGAAAUACUAAUAACUCGGUAAGCAGUGGUCGCGAAAUGACUGCCGAAGGUUCCGACACCCAAGGCGAACAGGCCAAACCAGUAUCCAGAGGCAAGGGCAAGAAGAGCACGCCUGCCAAACAAACUUCAACCGUCAACGGCCGUCGCAAGGCGGAAGAAACGCCCAGAGGCUCCAACAAGAGAGCGAAGACGAAUAAUGGUUCUAUGGAAGUAACGCCGGAAGAGGAGUCAGAAGAGGAAGAUAUUAAGGAUAACGGAAGCGGCAAGGACCCGAAGAAGAUGACUGAUGAAGAGAAGCGAAAGAACUUUUUGGAGCGGAAUCGUGUCGCUGCUCUCAAGUGUCGCCAACGUAAGAAACAGUGGCUCGCAAACCUUCAGGCUAAGGUCGAGCUCUUCACAACCGAAAACGAUGCUCUAACCGCGACUGUCACUCAACUGCGAGAAGAAAUCGUGAACCUCAAGACCCUUUUGCUUGCGCACAAGGAUUGCCCGGUUUCGCAAGCGCAAGGCCUUGGUCCUUUAAUUAUGAAUGGCAUGUCGGCCGGUUUUGACCCCCACCCGUACAACAUCGCGAGCAACAUGGCCAUGCAACCCGGUGCACCAAUUCCCCAAGCCAUUCGCCGAUAGGCACAGCAACCAAUAAUUAAUAAAACGACCCAAGUCAGCGAGAGUUAAUCGACAUACAAGCAGAUAUGGUCUCUAUUCACCGUCUGACUUGCACUCUCGAAUACGGCGAGGUCUCUUGUAACAGUUACUUUUCACUUCUCUCUACUUUUUUACCGGCCCUGCUCACUUCACUGGAGUACGGAGGCUGAUUUCCUUUUUUCGUCUGUUACUUGCGCCUUCACAUAGGAGGUCAUUGGCAUGGGCGGAGUUCUAAUGAUGCAUCGGACAAAAAAUGGACAUGGUCAAAAUUUGGAUGGUGGCAUGUGGGCGUGUACAUCAUCAUCCUUCACCUUGAGGCGUGCGAGACUCGCUUUGAUUUUUCAUCGGACGACUGAACUUUUACCGAUUUGUGUUCAGUGUAUUUUUCUUUUUUUCUUUUUUUUUUUUGCUGUGGCGUUUGUUCGUUGUUUUUUACUGGUGGCGAUAUUCUUCGGAUUGGUCGAUUUCCCUGGAGUUUAGAGUUCCCCUGUACCUUCUGUGUUGUUGCCUUAGCCCCUGGUUUCUUCUUUUCCGGGUAAGGGUUUCUAUUAUUCUUAUAUUCUUUUUCGUGUGUGAUAUUUCCUCCCUAUUUUUACGAUGCUGUGCACUUUCUAUUUCGAUGCUGAAGUUGACAGAAUUUCGCUUGCUGGUCUAGACUGUGAUUCCUUCUUCAUCGUGGCUAUGAAUUACCUUUUCCAAGAGUUAGCUAGAAGUUAUGGGCUAAGUAAACGAGCAGUCAUACUGACUAGCAAUGAUUUAAUGCCAGAUGAAUUGAAGAAUGAAA